GUCACACUGAACUGGACAGCCGCGCGUCGACGACGAAAACAAGAAAUACAAUUUUUAAUAUUAAAACUUAACGGAGGGCGGAUUUGAAAGAACGGCUGCAGACCCAAGAUGACUAAUAUAACUUAGAGUUGCUAAAAACCUAGUAAACAGUUUCAUCAGAUUAUUUAUUUACUUAGUGCAGCGAAAGGCGGAUUUGUUCGAAUUAUAUUCUCCUGAGUAGGCGGCGCAGCAACAUAAAUAUUUCAAAAAUAACAAGAAACAUGCAGUUGCACAAACGAAAAGCAAAGCGAAAAUAUGGCCUGUAAAUUAUGUCAUAAAUGUGAAAGUGUUUUCCAGUUGCAUUGCAACAACAACAGCAACAACAAAUGCAACAUCGUCCACGGCACGCAUGUGAAAAAGGAGUGCGAGUGGGUAGAAAAAAUCAAUUGAGAAAGAAAAAUUGCAUUUUCGCUGCCGCCACCAAAACGAAAAUAAGUGAAAAAAAAUAGAUAGAUAUAUAUAUUAAGUGCGUUCGCGAGUGUGUGUGUGUGUGUGUAAGGAAACAAGCAGAAAUAGCAAAAGGAGACACAGCAGCACCAGAGAAGACGACGACGACAACAACAACACCAAGAGAAACCCGCCGCCCCAUCAGUCGACAGAGCGGCCAGUAAUAAAGAGGAGAAAAAAUGAGUUCAAGUUGUGAAAGAAUAGAAUGGGUAGAAAUCAUCGAGCCACGCACCAAGGAGCAUAUGUAUGCCAAUCUCACAACUGGCGAAUGCGUUUGGGAUCCACCAGAAGAUGUGCCAAUUAAGCGAACCGACUCAUCGCAGUGGUGGGAACUGUUUGACACGAAAACGCAACGAUUCUACUAUUAUAAUGCGGCCACACAGAAGACCGUGUGGCAUCGGCCGAGCAAGUGCGACAUUAUACCGCUGGCCAAGCUCCAGACGCUCAAACAGAAUACCGAUCCCAGUGAGCGGCGGGAGCAGACAACGCCCCAGAAGCAUCCACCGCAGCAGCAGCAACAGCAGCAGCCAACACAACAGCUACAGACACAGCCACAGCUGCAGCAGCAGCAGCAGCAGCAGCAGCAGCAGCAACAGCAGCAUCUGCCACAGCAGUCAUCGCCCAUGUCAGGGCCAAAUAAGAAGGGGCGUGGCCAGCGGAUCAGUGGCGGUAAUGGUGCAGUGGCCAGUUCCGAAGAGAAGCUGCCCGGCACUGAAAUGAUCUCAAGUCCGCGUGGGCGUCAAAGCUUUCGCGUCGGCACGGGUGACUCAUCCCGCUCGAUGGACCUGCAACAGCAGCAUCAGCAGCAGCAGGCCUACGCCUCACGACGGUCUCAAGACUCCCGCAAUCACUGCAAGGAAUCGGGAAAAUCCAGUGACUCGAGCCUGUCCAGUGCGCAUGGCUAUAGACGCUUCAAUGAUGCGGGCAAUGGCAUAGGAGGCGGAGGAGUAGUGCCAGCACCUGGACAUGCCGAGGGCUUACGUUUGGGCUCCUUGCAGAAGCAUCAACGCAGCGGCGGCAAGGAUAAUGGAGCCUUUGAAAUGUUGCAAGAGAGCGUUAGCUCGCAUAAUUUACCGCAUGGCACCACAACGUCCACAUCCUCAUCGUAUAUUGGUGGCGGCACGGGCACGGGCACUGGCAGUGGCUACGGCGACAAGUACUUCGAUCAUCAGCUUCUGCCCAAUCAUAUGCAGGGCUGUUGCUCAUCCAAAUCAUCGGACAUUGCCUCGCCCACCCACUCCAUCAAUACGCCGCAGUCGCAAAAGAAGAAGAUAUCACCAGAUGCAGCACCAACUUCCACCCCGUACAAUUACGCACAACAGCAGCAUCAGCAAAGGAACGCACAACGCAGUGGAGGCGGAGGCGGUGGAGUUGCAGGAACACCAGUGGGUAAAUCUUAUGGGGGAGAUCGAGAGUACAAAGUGUCGUUGGCCCGGUCUGGGAGCUUCAUGUCUUCCUCGAUCAAUCCCGCAGCCGCUGGACAUCAUAGCAAAUCCUAUCGCAAGAGCAGCGCAGAGGCGGCCAAUGGCGGAGCAGCCAGCGAUGAUUCAAUGCACGAGAAGUAUUUCAAAUCGGUGGAGAACACACCACUCUCCAGGCGACGGCACACAACCAAUGCCACUAAGAGUGCAGGCAGUGCUGGCGGUGGCGGCGGUGCCAGUGGUAGCAAUACCGCCACAAGUACAGCGGGAAGCGGCAGCAGCAGCCACAAGAAACACUCGAGCGACUCGAGUCCUCAGAGUCCGAUCAGUCCUCAGACCAAGAGCUCGCGGCAGGCCAAAACGAGUGCCACGAAUCCACUGCCUCAGCUGCAGCACUCGCCCAGGAUACAGGAGCCCAGCCAUAGUCUGGAUCUGAUGAGUCUCGAGAGGAUCACGCUGGGAAAGGCGGGACCUAUCUCGCCAGGAGGUGGAGGAUUAAACACCGAGAAUCUGGGCCUGCUGACGCACUCGUCGCGUGGCUCUAACGACUCUGCCCGGCAGCGCCAGAAGUCCAACAACUCGACGGCGAAUCGCUCGCAAUCGCAUCAUUAUCCCGGCCAAGGAUCGUUGCGGCACAGUGCCAGCUCCAGCCUGGACAAGCGUGGUGGCUAUCACCACAGCGGUGUGGGCGAGAAGCGACGCUCCAAGCAGCAACAGCAUCACCUGCAGGCGGAAAACAGCGAUGCCGAAUACGACAAUGGCAACACUUCGCCGCUGUACAGCAACUGGGAUCUGGAGUUGCCGCAUAUAUUGCCCCUCAAGCACUACAUCAUCGAGCAGGCAAAGCUUUCGGGUCGCUACGACUAUCGCGGUGGCGAUGGCGGCGACUCCGACUCGUAUCACUCGGACAGUCAGUCGGAGCACUCGCUCUCUGGUCAUGAGCCGGACAACGAGGACUCGGAUGGCGGUUCGGACACGCACGGUGGCUACUUGGAGCACAACUAUGGCAUGAUCGAGGAUUAUGCCAACAUGGGCGACAGUGUCUCCUACUAUGCGUAUCAGUAUCCGCCCUACGAUCCUGCUGGAAGAGAGGACAUUUCCGAUAAUGUGGAGGCUGUGCUCGAGGGUAUUGGCGGCAAUACGGAGCCCUCAGCGCAACCUUCUUUACCCAAGCCAAAGCCUCGCUAUCAGCCCUCAUACUACGACACCGUGUCGUACAGUCCCUCGUCCGGAGGAGCCUACCAUGGUCAGCAGCUUUACUCGAAUACCCCACCCUAUCAAGGCCAUGGCCAUGGGCAUGGCCAUCACGUCCAGCCGCCAGCGCCGCCGCAUCAGCAACUGCAUCUGGACCCGAGCGACUCCAAACAGAAGCAAUCACAGACGCUGCCCUCGCCCAAUCGGCAAAUCUCACGUCUGGCCGGCGUCGGUAGUCAGGGAUCAGCAGCAGCAGCAGCAGCUGCAGCAUCAGCAUCAGCCAAAGAUGAGGCCAAUCAUGGCCACAGCCAUAGUCUUGUUGCCAGUCAACAGCAGGGCACAGGCGCGGCCGCAAGCCUCUCACGUGCGGGAGGCCAUAAGCUGGCACCGCCAUCGCUCAAGCCCACCAUUCAGCAGAUCUUUCCGCCCAGCGAUCGGGCACCGGGUGGCAUCAAUAGCGGAAUGGGACACGGCGCUACGCUGGCCUGCAUGAAGGAAUGUGAUAUCGAGAAGUUUGCCGCCGACAAUCUGAAUCUGCACUCGAAGGGCAUUUUCCGGAAGAAGGCAUCGGUGCGGGAUAUGCUCAGUUGGACCGCGGAGGCCAUCAGUCGGCCCAUGUUGACCCUAUCACGGGACAAGGCCGACAAGAAGACGGCCAUUGAGCUGUUCAAACUGGUCCAGAUCUAUAUGGCCGAUCGAAAGGCACGCAUGGGCAUGAAUCUCAACUCUGUGGCCAUUGACAUCAUCACCGCAUCAUUGCCGCAGCAACAAUUAAGGGAUGAGCUGUAUGUGCAGUUGUGUCGCCAAACCACGGAGAAUCCCAAGCGAGAAUCGCUCAUUCGUGGCUGGGAACUGAUGGCCAUUUGUUUGUCCUUUGUGCCGCCUUCGCCCACCUUUCAACCCACGCUGCUCAACUAUGUCAAUCGCCAUCGCGAUCCUUCGUUUGCCACCAGCUUCAUGGAGGUCUGCAAGUGGCCCAUCCAUGUGCAGAUCUCGCAUUAUGCCACUGUCUGUUGUCGUCGCUUGGAUCGCAUAGGCAGCAGCGGGAGAAGGCUGGCCAAAAAGCCCACAGAGGAUGAGGUCGAACAGGCGAGGCAACAAAUCCUGCGGAACAGCAUGUUUGGCAACACGCUGUCAGAGGUGAUGGAUCUCCAAAAGGAUAAGUUCCCCUUCCGCAAGUUGCCCUGGAUACAAACCACACUGUCAGAGCAUGUUCUGCUGCUAAAUGGAAAGCAAACGGAGGGAAUCUUUCGUGUCUCAGCGGAUGUGGAUGAGGUGAGCUGCAUGAAGAAUCGCCUGGAUCGGUGGGAUGUUCCUGACUAUAAGAACACAAUGGUUGAUGCCCAUGCCCCAGCGAGCCUGCUUAAGCUGUGGUAUCGGGAACUGUAUGAUCCGCUCAUACCGGAUGCCUACUAUGAGGAUUGCGUGAAUACCGAGGAUCCCGACAAAGCCAAAGAAAUAGUUAAUAAGUUGCCCGAAAUAAAUCAGCUGGUUCUAACGUAUCUAAUACACUUCCUGCAACAAUUCUCCAAUUCUGAGGUAGUGAGUAAUACCAAAAUGGACUCUUCGAACCUGGCCAUGGUGUUCGCACCGAAUUGCCUGCGCUGCACAUCCGAGGAUCCCAAGGUGAUAUUGGAGAAUGCGCGCAAAGAGAUGUCCUUUAUGCGCACCCUCAUCCUCCAUAUGGACACCACGAAGGUGGAGAAUCUGGUCUAAAGAAAAUACACCUACUACCUACCUACCUACCUACCUACCUAUCCGUAUAUGUAAACGUUAUUAACCUAUCCUAACAUUACUAUCCACCAAAAAUCUUAACUUAAACUUGAAUUUUUGUAUCUCUACAAAACGAGGAAACGAUGCAUUUUAGCUCCUACUUUAAAUAAUUUUGCUACUCGAAUUUUCUCACUUUAAUUGCUACCAAAACUCGAAUUUUAUUAUUAUUUUGUACUUGUAUUGUCUAGGCAGCUUGUUCAGAACAAACAGCAGCAACCACACUCGAAAUACUCGAAGAACUUGCAACAAAUAGUGCUUUUUGAAACCAAAAAAAAACUUAAUGAAAAACAAAAAGAAACGAAAGAAAAAUGAAAAUAAGAUAUCCAAACUGUUAACUCAAUGUGUGCAUGCCUAGUUAUGUGUCAAAUUGUAGUUGAAUUAAUUUAAUUUGCAUUUUGAAUUAUUGUUUUUACUUUAAAUGGAAUUUAAAUCAAAGCAAAAGCAAACCAAUACUCAAGCAAAGCAACUCUUAACUCUCAAUAAAAAUAAAAGCAAACCUUGAACCACUUCUAGCAGAAGCCUAUAAAUAGUUCUAAAAUAAAGAUAAAAGCUAAAGAUAAAUAUAAAGAUUAAAUCAAAUAACAAAUCUAUAUAUGUAUGUAUGAAAUUAUGGAGAGAAAUACAGAAAGAGAGAGAGAGAGAAAGAGGAGUGAAUCAAAUGCAAUAAGAGGUCAAUGAUAAAACUGCUUAUAAAUUACAUUUGCAGCCAACGUAGUGCUAUAUACGAAAUAUUUAUUCAAUUUGCAUAAAAAUAAACACAAUUUAAACAAAGUAUCCGUAAAUAAACCAAUAAACAAAUUGUUCAAAUCCAAAA